AUGUACAGUGCAUUUCAUAAACUCAAGGGCGCCGUGACUCUUUUCCAUGCUCCCAAAUCUGCCAUCUCCAACUCUCUUGUCAACUACAUCAAGACAAAGUUCCCCAAAGCUACUCAAUCCGAUUUCACAGUUGAUAUUACCGAAUCUGUACCAACACCAGAGCAAUGGCGCAUCAUCGCUCAUAGCAAGUCCUUACAAGGCUCUUCUCAAGGUGCACCCGAAGCUCGUUCCAUAAUUGAGGAAGCAUCCAAGCUGGGUGGCUUUGAGGAUAAGAGUAAAGCUGAAGUUGACCAUUCUGGUGUCAUUAGCAAGGUAAUUAAAAUUAACAAGUACCCUAUUUUAGUUGAUUGGGAUACUGGUAAAGUUGCCAUUGAUAACGAGGCCCAGGCUAAAGAAAUUCUCCAGGCCAAAUUUGAUUAA